UGUGUGUGUGGUUAUAUAACUGGUGACAAAUGAAUAUUUUACUUCCAGUUCAUUUAGUUUCAUUUCUUCUGCUGCAGAGUGUGUUACCUCUCCUGUUGCACUUCUAUUGUUAACAACAACAAACUCAACAGCACCAAAAGAGCAACAACAUCAACAAUAUCCAUACAUGAGCCUCUCUGCAUGGUGACUUGAGACUUUAGAAAUAGCAGCCAAAUUUUUUCUUCAGAUACAUUCCACCGUCUGAAGGCAGAUGAUAUUUAAGACUUCGGCUACAUUAGUCGAUAUAGGAUUAAAAACAUGAUGCAUGGAAGGAAAACAUGGGAUGGUCAUGGCUGGAAACCUAAGCUAAUCAUAAGCUUAUUUCCUGAAGCCUGACCGAGGGUUAAAUAAGGCAAAAACAUACAAAACAACAUAAAACAUCGGUGGAAUAUAAUAAAAUCUACAGCAGAAACUUUCUUUGAUACGAAUAAGUUAUCUACAUUUUAACUAUCAAUCUAUAUACCCUCCCUCCCUCUCUCUCUUUCACUUUCUCUCCCUAUAUAUAUAUAUAUAUAUAUACACGUAUAUAUACACACACAAACUCACAAACAUACAUACAUAUGUACAUACAUAUAUAUGUAUAUAUAUGUGUAUAUAUAUAUAUAUGUAUAUGUAUAAAUGUAUUUGUUGCAAAACUUGCCUAAGUAAGUCGAACAAACAAAUACAAGCUAAAUAUUGAUAAUAAUAAUAAUAAUAAUAUUAAUAAUAAUAAUAAUAAUAAUAAUAAUAAUAAUAAUAAUAAUAAUAAUAAUAAUAAUAAUAAUAAUAAUAAUAAUAAAAAGGCACAGGAACAACAAUUGGCCACAGCAGAGAUGGAUGAGUUUUACCGAGAAGUUUCAGAAAGCAAGUUACCAACAGUCAGUGGAAUAUUAGAAAAAGAUGUUCAUUCGAUUUGGGAAUGUGUAUCAGAUUUCAUUGAGAAACAAAUGUCUCUUCACAAAGGUGUACAUAUCAGCGGGCUUGGUACAUUCAGCUUCUCUCAGCAGAAAAUAGAUACAGGCAACAAGCAAAUGUCCCUCAGUCGUCCUGUGUUUGUGUUUUCAGAGCGUCUAAUUUCCUCCCUAGGUUUGACUUGCAGCAAACCCUACACUCCAGGUAAUAUACAUAUUGUGAGCAUGAAUUAUGCCACAAUUGCAUUUGAGACUAAUUUCUCCAGAGAUGUUGCUGAAAAUUGUGUUAAAGAAUUACUGUCUGCAUUUUAUCGAGCAAUAAAUAAUGAAAAAAAUGUCGAUCUUAUUUUCAACAAAAUUGGUCGGCUGUCUGUGAGAAGAAAGAAGUGCAAAAUGAAAUUCUACAAACAAUUCAUUGAACUCUUUGACAAAUCUGGUUCACUUGUGCAGGCAAUGCAACAGCGUUUCGACACACCAGAUUCUGUGGUAACAGAGAGAUCUCAAGUAAAGUCCAGUCAAAUUGUCCUUCCAGGUUCUUUGAAAGCUGCUGAAAGUCCCUGUCAGAUGAACCAAGUUCUUGAAGAAAAUUUCGAAGAGAAUGUUCCGGAAGCUUUACCUGAAGAACCACUUGUCACAGAUGAUGGAUUAGAUGAAAAUCCUUUUGUUCCUGCUUUAGAGCUUAACCAGGUCAAUGUCAUUGACAAUGUUCCUGCUGAAAACACACCUGUCCACAGUCCACCUGCAGAAUUCACCCCUGUUGCAGAUGUAGCGACUAAUGUCAUAAUUGAAAAUGUGAUGAGAACAAACUUUGAGAGGAACACAGGAGCGGGGAUUUUGAUAACUGGUCAAAACAUCACCAAUCCUGAUAUGUCUCACAGAACUGAUGAAAAUGAGAAUUUUUCUAACCGAAGUGUUUAUUCAUUGGAAGAUACUUCAACAAAAGCACAAUAUGGUAAACCAAACUUUGCAAAGGAAGCACACACUGAAGCAUUUAACAAUUGCUUCCCAGUGUUAGAAAAAUCUCGAUCUGCUGGGUCUUUAAAUCGUACAAGAAGAUCUUCCUAUCGGCAAAGUCACACAGCACGGGAGCCAGUUGUUCAAGCUUGUUGUGAUCACCAUGGUAGUGGACAGGAGAUAUGCUAUUUGUGUCACCAGCGUGAACAACGGAAUGUCUACAUGCCAUUUACAGAAGAGAAAGCUCGCAGAGAUAAAGAAGAAGAUCUGUUGCUUCGGAAAUAUUCUGAAAUGAAGAACACAGAACAUCUUUUGCAGGAAAAGGAAAAGAAGGCCCUGUUAAAACGAGAACUGCAUGACAUGCAGAAAAGUAACUUUGAAGUGGCUGAAAUGAAACAUGCUAGAAAGAAAGAACGGGACGUAAACUUUAUGCAGAGUUAUUUAUUCCACCAUCGACCAGAAACACCACCAUUAUUUACUAAAAUGUUACCUUAUAGUAAAGAACUACAGAAACAAAUAGAACUAAAAAAUCUAGCUUCCUUGAGAGAGCAAGAGAAAGAAAAUUUCGAAAGUCAAGCUGAGCAGAUAAACUUGGCUACAAGUUUAACAAAACAAAGAGAAGAUUAUUUUAAAGAGAGAUCCAGGAAGAUGAAUCUGUAUAAGACAAUUCUAGACAAACAGGUGCAUGAGAAAACACUGAGCCAACAACAGAGUUGUGGGAUCGAAGAGGAAGAGAAUAUAAGAGAAGGAGAAGGGGCUGGUUAUUUUGGUAAAAACGACGUAACGGCAGAGUUAUUGGCCGAGAAGAAGAGGAAGGCCAAUGAAGUCAUGAAAGAACAAUUCAAGAUGAUGGCUCAACGGAAACGAGAAGAAAUACUAAAAAGGAUGAAGGAGCAGCGGGAAGAGGAGAAAAUUCUAAGGAAGAAUAGAACAGAUCUGCUAAACGACAGAGCUAUGAAAUGUCAACUUAAUUAUGAGCUGUACAAAGAUCUAGAGUCAGACUGGAAACACCGUGCCAUGUUAAAGCAACAGAACCUUCAGAAGGCUAAAGAGAAAGCUCAACAGCUUGAUAUGUUGCUACAAGAUCAGUGUAACCGGUAUCAUCGCUGCCAACAGUGUAAGAGAUGUUUGUGGAAUCGAGGUUCCGGGAAUAUUUGGGCAGAUACAUAUUUUAUUCCUGGUUCCAGAUAUUUUAUAUGAAGUGGACAAUCAAAAAUAAUUGUAGAAUUACUAUUUGAUUAGUGGUUUUAUUUACGAAUUAGGUUAUGGUUGCAGUCAUAUGUCGAGGUUUGUACAUCCUUUAAGUAUAUAUUAGAGGGGAAUUAAAAUAUUCUUCAAUCAAUAAUAACCACUACUCAGCAAUACUUAAACACCCAAAAUGUCUGUCAAUAUAAACAUAUUUGUUGAGUACUAGUCAUAUUUUCUCUUCGAAACGUUAUUAUUAUUAUUAUUAUUAUUAUUAUUAUUAUUAUUAUUAUUAUUAUUAUUAUUAUUAUUAUUAUUAUUAUUAUUGAGUGAGAGAGGAGUGCAUGCCAUCAAAGUGACACUGGGAUAAAAUGUACGAAGCCCAAUAUACUCAUUAUGACUACUCGUCUGAUAAGGAUACACAGGCAUAUGCAUCACAACCAAAUGUGCACGACAUGGUGAUCUCAUAUCAAGAUAAACAGCGCAUGACCUUGAAAGUGGGGCCCAGUUAGAAAUGUUCUUCUGGUUGAGUAGCCUAUCCUGCUCAAAAGGUCCUUGAAUAAGGGUUGUUUAAGGAUGUUGAACGAAACACCCAUGUUUCCAGAGGCAAAUUAUUCAAACUCCAAAGAAUUCCUCUCAACACAUGGCUAUGAUGCUCCCCCACUACUUCUGCUCGUGAUCAGAGAUGCACAUAUCGUCAGCCACCUAGGGACAUGCUCAGCUGGUUAAGGUCAAACAACUGACAAGCAAAUCUGUGGUAUUGAGCAGAAUAUUUGCUGUAGCCUAUCUUUUACACCAAGACAAAACAAUGUACAUGAUAACACUUCCAAUCACUUAAGAUCAGAAACCAUGAGAGCCAGUGCCUGGUAUUGCAUUAGGGCAAAUAUUAUCAUCAUCAUCAUCAUCAUCCUCAUCAUCAGUCGUCGUCAUCUUAUAAAGGCAAUGAAUACAUGGGCCAUACUACCAUUAUAUUCUGCUUUUUUUUUUAUAAAAUGGACUAAGAGAAAGCUACAAAUCUUAGAUAGAACUAGGAAACUGCUCAAUAUAUAAAUAACUGAUUCUCUUAAAACUCUUUCAAAACUGAAAUACUACAAAUUUAACAGAAUUGUAGUUUUCAGAUCCUGGUCUCUUUUCUCUCCAAUAUAUCAGUGUUAAUCAUAAAUAACACUCGCAGUAAGACGUCUAACUUGGUAUUACAUAAAGUUUCUAGGUCAGUCUUGGAACAACUCGUAUAAAACAAAGCAACAACAACGUGAAUAAUAAUAAUAAUAAUAAUGAUAAUAAUAAUAAUGAUAAUAAUAAGAACAACAACAAUAAUAAUAAUUCCUUUUAUUGGCCACGAGGGCCCAAGACAUGGAGGACAAUACUGAAGGACGAGUUACAGUACACAAAACAAAAAAACAAAAAACUACCACAUUAAGGGAUAUAACAGAGGAUAUAUAAUAGAAAUUAGAGAAGCAAAUAAUAAUAAUAAAUAAAUGAAUAAAUAAAAUAAAUAAAUUAUUAGAAUCCCCAAUAGCGAGGCAGUCCAUUUAAGGUAAUCUGGAGAAAACUCUAUACAAAACCAUUGGUGAGUAAUGGUUAACAUUGUUUUAGAAUAUUUGCUUUUUGUUGUAGACGUUUUCCUAUUGGUAUUUGUUGUAUGGUUUCAACUGCAGUACAGAACUAUUUGUGGAGAAUUUAAGUUUUUACUAGACGUGUGUUUGUAUGUACAUAGCAGGAAAAAAAACCCCAAUUAAAUCUGCAGCUAUUUGGAGACCAGGUUAUUUAUCACUAUCUCUUUAGGAGAGAUUGUAGUACAAUUUCUCUAAGAGAGAUAGUGACAGAUAAUAACCUACGUAUAGUAGGACGGCCAAUUCCAGAUGCAUACAUAGUCACAGGUUACCAAAUGCUAUAACAAGCACACAUUCAUAUUUACAGACACACUCAUACACAUAUACACAAACACAUAUACACAAACACAUAUGCACAAACACAUAUAUACACACGCAUGCAUAUUUAUAUUGUAUUUCAUAAUUUUUUAUAAAAUUUCAAACCGUAUAACAAAAACAAGUGAUCGCUUUAGCUUUAAUUAUUUUAUAAAAUAAAAAUUCUAACACAC